CACAUCUGGCAUAGCGAGCAGUGACAGUGAGCUACAUCCAUCACCAUGGCUUCUAGCCGUGUCCUGCUCCUCGUCGUGGCAGCUCUGGCGAUCUCCGUGUCCGCCACGGCCGCGGCCACCAAGACCAGUGCUACACUACCGCCGCUGGCCAAGGGCCUGAACUUCGAUUUCUACAAGGCCACCUGCCCUCAAGCAGAGUCCAUCAUCUUCAACUUCCUCAGCGACGCCAUCCGCAAGGACGUCGGCCUCGCCGCCGCGCUCCUCCGCAUCCACUUCCACGACUGCUUCGUGCAGGGCUGCGACGGCUCCGUGCUCCUCGACAAGACCGGCGGCACUGACAGCGAGAAGAUCGCCCCACCCAACGUCACGCUCCGCCCCACCGCCUUCAAGGCCAUCAACGACCUGCGCGCGCUCCUCGCCAAGGCCUGCGGCGCCGUCGUCUCCUGCGCCGACAUCGCCGCCCUCGCCGCCCGCGACUCCGUGCACCUCGCCGGCGGGCCGCACUACCCCGUCCCGCUCGGCCGCCGCGACGGGCUCGCCCCCGCCAACCUCACCACCAUCCUCGACGCCCUCCCGGCACCGAGCUCCAACGUCACCACCCUCCUCAGAUUCCUCGCCAAGAUCAGCCUCGACGCCAACGACCUCGUCGCGCUCUCGGGCGCGCACACGCUCGGCAUCGCGCACUGCACCUCCUUCCAGGAGCGCCUCUUCCCGCAGAACGACGUCACCCUCAACAAGUUCUUCGCGUCGCAGCUCAGGCUCACCUGCCCGGCGCUCAACACCGACAACACCACCAACAACGACAUCCGCACCCCCAACGUCUUCGACAACAAGUACUACCUCGACCUGCUCAACCGCCAGGGACUCUUCACCUCCGACCAGGACCUGCACACCGACGCCAGGACCAAGCCCACCGUCACCAGGUUCGCCGUCGACCAGGCCGCCUUCUUCGACCAGUUCGUCUUCUCCGUCGUCAAGAUGGGGCAGAUCAACGUGCUCACCGGCAGCCAGGGACAGAUACGCAACGACUGCUCCGCGCCCAACAAAGCCCGCACCAACGACCACCUGCCGUGGUCCGUGCUCGAGACCGUCGCCGAGGCCGCCCAGAGCUUGGUGUUGUAGAUAUGCUGUGGAUAGGUUGGUUCAGUCGCCUACGUACUUUCUUCCCAAAGUUGCAGCUUUAUUAGCGAGCCGUGUGGUAAUGGUUUGGGCUUUGAUCGAGAGCCACAGUUCAUACAUGCAUGUGUGUUUAGUUUCUUGAGCAACUCUUUUUUUUUGAGCGACUCGACCUGUUCAAUAAUUACGAGAUGGUUUUUGAUGUGUCCAAUGACGACUAGAAAAUUGAGAUGAAUAUUUGAUGUUAUUUUCAA